CAAAGUGAAUGACUUCCCUUUAAAAGGGGUGAGUGAGGGGUGGUUUUUUUUUUACUGAGUGUUGAUGGGUUUCAAAGGGGAUUGGGCUGGGCUGAGCUGAGCUAUUAUUAUUGUCAUUUAACAUCCUCUGACCCAGAACAGCAAUUGAAUAGGGCUGCUAGGACAACCAAGAGGUUUACACAGACACACACACAGCAGAGAGAGACACACACACACACACACAGAGAGAGAGAAAUAGAGAGAAAGGACACAAGAACACACAGAACAUCAUUCAGGUUGGAUCAGACACCCUUAAUAAAAAAAGCCCUCCAGUCUCCAAAUCCAUGAAGAGUUUUAACCUGUGACAAAAAUUACAGAUCAAAGUAGAUUUUCUCAAGCUUUUAAUAGACUUUUUUUAUAUAUACAUAUAUAUGGCAACAUCACAGCAUCAGAGCCUGGGAACAAAUCCUUUUGGAAGAGAAGGAAUGAGGAGUUUGGUUGUCUUGUGUUUUGUUGGUUACUGGUUCAUAAUAACUGGGGUUUCAGUCACAUAUACAACCCCGGCAAACAGUACCACUAACACCCGAAAUUCAACAACCACAACGGAGAUGAUCGCAAAUUCCUCCAUGUCCCCGACCUCGACACCAAUCCUGACCCCGACCACAAGUCAAAAACAGGAUCAGAGCAACAAAACGGAUCCUCAAUUGCCAACGGUGCCCACAAAUACAACCCCCAACAGUCAGGACAACAACACACAGAAUUGUACGGAGAGCAAAGAUGGAAAGGAGAACACCAUGAGCACGCCGAAGAUGAGCACCCCUGCUGGCAACGCUUCUGCCAAUGAGACAACAACCCAAUCAGCGGUUAAUUCGAGUGCCGCCAACAAUUCAGGAUCGACAUUGAUGGCCACCAGUGCUCCAUCUCUCACGUCCUCCACCGCGGUGAACUCCACCAAUCUUACGGUCCCAUCGAACACCAGCGCUACUUCUAAACCUUUUCUCGUGUCCUCCACCACAGUGGCCUCCAUCAACUCUACGGUCCCAUCCAACACCAGUACUCCUACUGACCAAUCUUUUACGUCCUCCACUCCAGUGGGCUCCACCAACCAUACGGUCCCAUCCAACAGGAGUGCUACUUCUGAACCUUUUUUCAUGUCCUCCACCAUCAACACUGCGGGCCCAUCGAAUGGGUCCACCAAUUCCUCUUCAGUCCCCGGGACAUUGAACGGAACAGUUAGUGAUUCUGAGACAUUGCCGACUCAGAACACAAUUGACAUGACAGAUUCUCCCGUUCAUCAUUCGAAAGCGUCGAGUCAAGAGUCAAAUGUCUCAUCACCAUCACCAUCAACUCCAAGCCUCAUGUCACACGCUGACACACCCACCAAAGAGAGACCAGGAGAGAACAACACUGCAUCUAGCGCAGGGACAUUUGCAACGGUCACCAGCUCUGUACAAAACCAAAACCAGAUGAAGUGCGUGAAAGAGAGCAGUGAAUACAUCAGCAUCCUGUUUCUGAACGAGAGCACUCGCUGUGAAAGCUUCGUGAGGGAUAAAGGAGACCAGCUCGCCAAGUUGCUGUGCAGGGAGCUGAGAAAAAAGUACGCAUCGACAUCAUACUGCGAGGUCUAUAUCAGCCCCAAUUCUGCCAACCAGAAGCUUUUGAAGAUCGUAGAUGUCGUAUUCAAAGUCAACAAAGAAGAAAUCAGUCAGUCUGUGGAGCAUCUAAGAUCACAACUGGGCAUGAUGAAUUCUUCCAUCAAUACUGUCCUGGACACCUCCAGCGCAGAUGCACUGCAAACCAAGAAGACAGUUGCGUUGAGUGUUACUGGCAUUCUGCUGCUGCUGAUAUGCACGUUUGGUACCAUCUACAUGUGUUGCCAAUACAGAACCAAACAAACAAAGCCUCAGCCACCGCAGGUCAUUGCAGGACAUUGCCACCAGGCGCCACUCUUGCGAUUCACGUCUUAG